AUGAAUGGUGGAUUUGGCAUGAAUAACGAUCUCACUCGAGUUCCAAAACCCCAACAAUGUUCUCUUUGUAAGAGAAUUUUCCCAACAACUCAAGACUUAAUUUCACACACCAGCAGUGUUCACUCUCAUCAUCUUCAUCACUUCAACUUCUCACCAUCUGCCGCCGCAGCACCCACCACCUUCUGCCACUACCCGAACCCUAACCGUAACCCUAGUCCUGCUUUCCCAGCCAGGAACCGUUUUGACUUCAAUUGUUACCGUAGUGGUCAAGUAGAAGAACAAAAAAGGUUUUUUCAAGGAUCUCCGGCGAUAACUCCGGCUACAAACACUAACGGUAUGUUUGGGCAGCAGGAGAAGCCGAUGCUGAUGAAUCUCUUUCCGGCGAUGCCACCGGAAGGUUUACGUACGCUUCCGCUUAUUUGCCUGGAGAAACCGAUACCGCAGGAUACUGCAAUGGAGGAAGACGGGGCUAACUCGAGUGCCGUCGACUUGACGUUAAGGCUGUGA